AUGGGCGUGUACUUGUACAUCAUCGCGGCUGCGGACACCACAUUCAGGGGGUACUACAUCGAGGUUGACUGGACCUGGAGGGAGGGCAUCGGAUGUAAGAUUGCCGGAUUCCUCUCUGUCUUAUCAAGCGAGGUGUCCGUCUUCACUUUGACUGUCAUGUCAGUGAAUCGUUUCCUGGUUGUGGUGUUCCCGUUCAGCAAGCAAAAGAUCAACUUCAAGAAGGCGAAGAUAUUGGUGGCAUCAAUAUGGAUCUUUGGGGUCAUUUUAGCCGGUGCACCGUUCUGUGUUGACUACUUGCGACAUUCGUACUAUUCAAGAUCUGGCGUCUGCCUCUCGCUCCACCAGACAUCAGAACCCGCCCCAGGCUGGGAGUACUCGGUCGCCAUCUUUUUAGGACUCAACCUCGUUGCGUUCAUGAUCAUCGCUGUACUAUACACUUGGAUGUACGUCAUCAUCAAAUGCUCUGUCGAUAUGAUGAAACACAAGACCAGUCGGAAGAAGGGAGAGAACAAGGAACUAGUCGUUGCCCUCAACGUCCUGACUGACUUUGCUUGCUGGAUGCCCAUCAUAAUUCUAGGUUUGGCUGCGAUCUCCGGGAAAGUCACGAUCCCUGGUGAUGUCUACGCCUGGAUUGCAGUAUUUGUGCUGCCGAUCAACAGCGCUAUGAACCCAAUUCUCUACACACUGUCGUCUCUCGAUCUCAUCAAUAAAAAAGCUUUAAAAAUUGACGAAGAUGAUGAGGACGGUUCUCCUAAGGUAGUCAACUGUUACCCAGAGGGCAGUCAUCUCCUGCCUUACGUGGUGGAGGAGUCCAAUAUGCUGAACCUCGCCCACGCCAUAAAGACCGAAACGCCCUCACUGCCGCUGCGGGACAUGCGCAGCGUGCUAACGGAUGUGGCCAAAGCCAAGGCAUCGUUGCACGUUGUAGGAUAUACCAAUUGA